UCUUGUCGUCUACUAUCAAAGGCGAAUAGUCAGUCAUACUCCGGGGGCAGACACACCGGUAGACAGACUGCUUACUAUUGUGUAAAGUUGCUCGGUUGUAUUUUAUUAUUGUUAUUGGUCAACCAUAAUCGAAUACAAAAAUGAGCGAGUCUAGUGAUAAAGUGACUGAUCAAAUGGAACCACUUUGUGAUAUGCCCCUUAGGAAACUGGAUAAAAUUGUUAAAAGGCCACCAAUCGAUGUCGAGUUCCAAAAUUUAGAGUAUUCAGUUAGGGAUAGAAAUGGAAAAAAUGGUUGGAGACAACUAUUGAAAUCUAUUAAUGGAAAAUUUAACUCAGGGGAGCUUACAGCCAUAAUUGGACCAUCAGGAGCUGGAAAAAGCACCCUAUUAAACAUUUUAGCUGGUUACGUAACGGUGGGAGUUAAGGGUACAAUUAAAAUAAACGGGAGACCAAGAAAUUUAAAAUCCUUCAACAAAUUAUCCACAUACAUCCUACAGGAAGACUUAGUACAACCCAGAUUAACUGUGAGAGAAGCAAUGUUGGUGGCAGCAAAUCUAAAAUUAGGAUCAUAUAUUACCAAAGACGAUAAAAUUGCUGUCGUAAAUGAGGUGAUUAAUUUAUUGGGUCUGGAAAAAUGCACGGACACAAUGAGCGAAUAUUUGUCAGGAGGGCAAAGGAAACGACUGGCUGUUGCGCUGGAAUUGGUUAACAAUCCUCCAGUUAUAUUCUUAGAUGAACCCACCUCGGGUUUAGACAAUUAUGCAAUUAAACAAUGCAUGGAAUUAUUGCGAAAAAUAACAAAAUUAGGCCGAACGGUAAUUUGCACCAUUCACCAACCGCCUGCAUCACUCUUUCAAACUUUCGACCAGGUAUAUGUAAUAGCAAAUGGAUACUGUGUUUUUAACGGCAAACCAAUACAAUUAAUACCUUUUUUGGACAUUGCCGGAUACUCUUGCCCACCAACCUACACACCCGCAGAUUUUGUCAUUGAACUAGUACACUCCAAUCCACAAAUCGUCCUAAACCUCGCUACAAACUCACAAAACGGAAAGAUCAUCGCUAUCCAAGACAAGAAACAUCUUGCUGAACCGGAGGACUUUGAAGUCUACCAAGAAACAACGCAACAGGGAAUGAAUUUGCAGGACAUGGAAUUUGCAACGACUUUCAUUCAACAAUUUACCAUCUUGAUAAGCAGAAUGUUCCUACAAAUGUCGAGGAACAAGACGAUGUUGUACAUACAGUUCUUCCAUCACUUGCUUUCUGGUUUGUUAUUGGGCGGGAUCUACUUUGGCACUGGAAACGAUGCCACUCAAACAAUAGCAAUCUUCAAGUACUGUAUUAGUAUUAAUGUGUUCUUUAUGUACACUCAUGUGAUGGCGCCAGUAUUAUUAUUUCCAUUGGAAGUAAAGCUUCUUCGGAGAGAAUAUUUUAAUAGAUGGUAUGCGUUAAAGCCCUAUUAUCUAGCUUUAACUCUAGCUACGUUACCUUUGUUGAUAAUUCUAGGCAUUAUGUUUCUGGUCAUAGUUUACUUUAUAACAGAUCAACCUAUGGACAUGAAUCGGUUCUUGUGGUUCUGUGUAAUGGGAAUAACGGUCGGCAUUUGCUCUCAAGGAUUAGGAUAUGCCAUUGGAUCCGUCUUCAGCAUCACUAACGGUUCUAUCGUCGGACCAUCAACAUUGGCUCCACUGUUAGCUCUUGCAGUUUACGGUAUGGGAUACAGAGCUGCAAUAGAACCUGUUAUGUCAGUCCUGAUGGCGUUAAGUUAUCUCCGUUAUGGUAUCGUGGGCUUUUGCAACGCGAUUUUUAGUAAUCGUCCGUUUCUUCAUUGCAAAGAAGAGGAAAUUUAUUGCCAUUACAGAGACCCAGAAGUUUUAAUGAUUGACAUGGGGAUGUCAGGAUACAGUUAUAACGUUCAAGUGUUAUGCAUUUUAGGAUUCAUGGUGCUGUUUAGAGUUUUCGCUUAUGUUGCUUUAAAAUACAGACUUAAAUCGGAAUUGUCAACCAAAAUUGUACAUAUUUACGCUAAACUUAUAAAAGAAAAGGUAUAAAUUAUUUAUUUAUUUAAUUGGUUGCGACUGAUAUUUUAGGAUAUUAAAUUUAUAUUUAAAUUGUAUAAUUUAAGGUUUUGAUUAUUUUUAUUUGACGUAUUUUUCUUUUUAUGUUUUUAUGUGAACACUUUUAGUGACUGCACAGAAUGUGAUAAAUUUAGAAUAUAACUGUAUAAUUAAUGUACUUCUAAAUAAAUUUAUUUUUAGUAA